CGUGGUGAUGGAAGAUUAGCUUUGGGCAGACUAGGUGCUCUUUGUGAGCAGCUCAAAGAUAUAAACUCUCAGGGCUAUGAGGUUAUUCUGGUGACUUCAGGAGCUGUUGGUCUUGGCCGUCAAAGGCUAAGAUACAGGAGAUUGGCAAACAGCAGCUUCGCUGAUCUCCAAAAUCCACAAAAUGACUUCGAUGGAAAGGCUUGUGCAGCUGUCGGACAGAGCAGUCUCAUGGCUCUUUAUGAUACCAUGUUCAGCCAGCUUGAUGUGACUUCUUCUCAACUUCUGGUGACGGAUAGUGUUUUUCGGGAUGAAGCUUUCAGAAAGCAACUUUCUGAAACUGUGAAGUCAUUGUUGAAGCUGAGGGUUGUUCCUAUAUUCAAUGAAAAUGAUGCUGUUAGUACUAGGAAAGCUCCAUAUGAGGAUUCUUCUGGUAUAUUUUGGGACAAUGACAGUUUGGCAGGUCUAUUGGCUCUUGAACUAAAAGCUGACCUUCUUGUUUUACUAAGCGAUGUAGAGGGCCUCUAUGAUGGUCCCCCGACUGACCCAAAAUCAAAGUUAAUCCAUACAUACGUCAAAGAAAUACAUCAUGGAGAAAUAACAUUUGGAGACAAGUCAAGGGUCGGCAGAGGGGGUAUGACAGCUAAAGUCAACGCUGCUGUUUGUGCAGCUUAUGGUGGAAUCCCUGUUGUUAUCACUAGUGGCUAUGCCACAGACAACAUAAAAAAAGUGCUUCGUGGAGACCGGAUAGGUACUGUCUUUCAUCAAGAUGCACAUUUGUGGACUCUUGUUAAAGAAGAAGGUGCACGUGAUUUGGCUGUUUCAGCGCGGGAAUCUUCUAGACAGCUUCGAGCUCUAGGAUCUAAAGAUAGGAGGAAAAUUUUGCUUGACGUAGCUGAUGCCUUGGUGGCAAAUGAAGGUCAGAUUAUAGCUGAGAAUGAAGCUGAUAUUGCUGUUGCACAGGAGAAUGGAUAUGAAAAGGCCCUAAUAUCUCGUUUGGCCCUAAAGCCUGGGAAGAUUGCUGCUCUUGCAACGUCUAUACGUAAGCUUGCAGACAUGGAAGAGCCCAUUGGCCGUGUUCUACAGAAAACAGAGCUUGCAGAAGGACUUGUCUUAGAGAAAGUGUCCUGUCCUUUGGGUGUUCUUUUAGUUGUUUUUGAGUCUCGACCUGAUGCCCUUGUUCAGAUAGCUUCGUUAGCAAUUCAAAGUCGGAACGGUCUUCUGCUUAAAGGGGGGAAAGAGGCCAAGCGAUCGAAUGCAAUCUUGCACAAGGUCAUCACCUCAGCAAUCCCAGAAAAUGUUGGUGGCAAACUUAUUGGACUUGUGAAUACAAGAGACGAGAUUCCCGAUCUGCUCAAGCUGGAUGAUGUGAUAGAUCUUGUCAUUCCUAGAGGCAGCAAUAAGCUCGUUUCUCAAAUUAAGGAGUCCACUAAGAUACCAGUUCUUGGUCAUGCCGAUGGAAUUUGUCAUGUUUAUAUUGACAAGUCAGCUAAUAAGGACAUGGCAAAGCGCAUUGUUUUGGACGCGAAAACGGAUUAUCCAGCUGCCUGUAAUGCGAUGGAAACACUUCUUGUACACAAGGACUUGGUGACUGAUGAUGGUGGGUUUAAGCAGAUAAUUUCAGGACUCCAAGGUUUAGGUGUUACGUUAUAUGGUGGACCAAAGGCAUCAACUGUGUUAAAUAUUCCAGAGACAAGCUCAUUCCAUCAUGAGUACAGUUCAUUGGCUUGCUCAGUUGAAAUCGUUGAUGAUGUGACUGCUGCGAUUAACCACAUCCAUGAACAUGGAAGUGCUCAUACUGAUUGCAUUGUUACAGAAGAUCAUGAAGUUGCUGAAACUUUCCUAAGUCAAGUGGACAGCGCUGCAAUCUUUCAUAAUGCAAGUACACGAUUUUGUGAUGGUGCACGCUUUGGACUUGGUGCAGAGGUUGGGAUAAGUACGAGCAGGAUUCAUGCUCGAGGUCCUGUAGGAGUUGAAGGAUUGCUAACAGCAAGAUGGAUUCUGAGAGGGAAUGGGCAGGUUGUAGACAGCGAUAGAGGGGUCAAGUACACCCACAAGGACCUGCUUACAAGUACCUAAACUCCCAAUUAUAGAGGGGAAAAGCUUUGUAGCACACAACUUACAAAUGUUAACCUCUGUCAUGUGUUAGCCUUAGUUUCUAUUUCACGUUCAAUUAUAGUGUAGGAGUUCGACUGCUCCACGGAAUAUUCUAUGUAUUGUGUUGUCAUACAAAUGAACCUUUAUCCCCUUGCCAGAUUUUGAUCACCUGGAUGAUUUAAAGGGGCUUCAUGUAAUCAUCACCUUAAUUAUGAAUGAGCUUUCUAAAA